GUGCCUAGUCCCGGAACCGUUAUCUGGUCCAGUCGCCGUAAACGCCCCAAGAUCUUCUUUGUCCCUAAGAACUUAGCUCCGACCCGCUUGUGCCCCUCCCCAGAGUGCGGAGCCUUCCCCAGACAGCGCAUUCCUGCAGUGUCAGAACCGCUGGCAGCGGCCGCAGACGCCGGGGGAGCGAUUGUUUUACUAUUGACCGGUGGGAGAAGGGACCCGGGCGGCGGAGCGGUGGCGGGGCACGCUGCCGUCGGGUGGGCUCCAGGCUCUGGAGCGCGAGGAGCAGUGUUUGACAGCGCCGAGGGGUAUCACAGCCCCUUCUUUCCUUUUGCCUAUCCCUUCCCUCCCCGACCCUGGGUCCCCCGACUCUCAUCCCUCUCCGGCGUCCGGGCUUGUUUGGCCAGAAGGGCAGUUUAGUGUGUGUGCGGCCUGCACGGGAUGAGCCCGGCUUCCUCGGAGCGCCAGCCAUUGUGCUGCCUGGAGGAGCCUUUCUUUACCCCACCAGACCGGGGAAGGAGGGGGAUCUGAGAUGGAGAUAAACGCAUCCUGAAAGUUGCCAUUGUUCUUCUGUUGAGCAAGAAUGGAGGCCCCACUGGUGAGUCUGGAUGAAGAGUUUGAGGACCUUCGACCCUGCUGCUCGGAGGACCCAGAGGAGAAGCCCCGGUGUUUCUACGGUUCAUCUCCCCACCAUCUCGAGGACCCCUCCCUCUCUGAGCUUGAGAAUUUUUCUUCUGAAAUAAUCAGCUUCAAGUCCAUGGAGGACCUCGUGAAUGAAUUUGAUGAGAAGCUCAAUGUCUGCUUUCGGAACUACAACGCCAAGACCGAAAACCUAGCUCCCGUGAAGAACCAGUUACAGAUCCAAGAGGAGGAGGAGACCCUUCAGGAUGAGGAGGUUUGGGAUGCUCUGACAGACAAUUACAUCCCUUCACUCUCAGAAGACUGGAGGGAUCCAAACAUCGAGGCUCUGAAUGGCAACUGCUCUGACACUGAGAUCCAUGAGAAAGAAGAGGAAGAGUUCAAUGAGAAGAGUGAAAAUGAUUCUGGUAUCAAUGAGGAGCCUCUGCUCACAGCAGAUCAGGUAAUUGAGGAGAUUGAGGAAAUGAUGCAGAACUCCCCAGACCCUGAGGAAGAAGAGGAGGUUCUGGAAGAAGAGGAUGGGGGAGAAACCUCCUCCCAGGCAGACUCGGUCCUCCUGCAGGAGAUGCAGGCCUUGACACAGACCUUCAACAACAACUGGUCCUAUGAAGGGCUGAGGCACAUGUCUGGGUCUGAGCUAACCGAGCUGCUGGACCAGGUGGAGGGUGCCAUCCGUGACUUCUCGGAGGAGCUGGUGCAGCAGCUGGCUCGUCGGGAUGAGCUGGAGUUUGAGAAGGAAGUGAAGAACUCCUUUAUCACGGUGCUUAUUGAGGUUCAGAACAAGCAGAAGGAGCAGCGAGAACUGAUGAAAAAGAGGCGGAAAGAGAAAGGGCUGAGCCUGCAGAGCAGCCGGAUAGAAAAGGGAAACCAGAUGCCUCUCAAGCGCUUCAGCAUGGAAGGUAUCUCCAACAUUCUGCAGAGUGGCAUCCGCCAGACCUUUGGCUCCUCAGGAACUGACAAACAGUAUCUGAACACAGUCAUUCCUUACGAGAAGAAAGCCUCUCCUCCGUCGGUGGAAGACCUGCAGAUGCUGACAAACAUUCUCUUUGCCAUGAAGGAGGAUAAUGAGAAGGUGCCUACUUUGCUAACGGACUACAUUUUAAAAGUGCUCUGCCCUACCUAACCUUGCCCUUUGGAGCAGCCUUGCUGCAGGAGGUCACUGAGCAAGAGUCAUUCCAUCACAGGGACUGCAUGACACCACGUAACCUCCGACGUGUAUUUAAACGUGUAUAGCUUAACCUGGAUUAAACAUGAGCAAGCGUGCGGGGUCCUUUGCCGUUGGCUUCUAGUGCUAGUAAUCAUUGGAUGCAUGAUGGGGCAGGGCCGGUGAUGGUGCCUCCUCCUUGCCAGUGUUGGGAGAGGGAAAGGCAGCCACUUUCACCGCUCAUUAUGUAGUCUGGCUCCAGCCCACCAAAACAGCUUAUACUCUAAGACUAAUUUUGAAAUAAAACUUUCAUUUAAUUAA